AUGUCCCCCACCUUCACGGCCCUGCUCUGCGUUGGGCUGAGCAUUGACCUGAGGACACCAGUGCCGGCAGGGAACAUCCCCAAACCCACCCUCUGGGCUGAGCCAAGUUCUGUGAUCCCCUGGGGGAGCUCAGUAACCAUUUGGUGUCAAGGGAUCCUGGAGGUUAAUGAGUACCGUCUGGAUAAACAAGGAAUCUCAAAGCCCUGGCACAGGCAGAAGCCACUGCAUCCCAGGAACAAGGCCAAGUUCACCAUCACACAGAUGACAGAACACACUGCAGGGAGAUACCAGUGUUACUGUCUCAGCCAAGAUGUCUGGUCAGAGCACAGUGACCCCCUGGAGCUGGUGGUGACAGGAGUCUAUAGCAAACCCAGCCUCUCAGCCCUGCCCAGCCCUGCUGUGACCUCAGGAGGGAAUGUCACUCUCAAAUGUCACUCAGAUGAGAGAUUUGGCAAGUUUGUUCUGACUAAGGAAGGAGAAGAAAGGCUCUCCUGGACCCUGGACUCACAGCAACACCCCAAUGGGCAGUUCCAGGCCCUGUUCCAUGUGGGCCCUGUAAUCCCCAGACAGAAUGGGACUUUCAGAUGCUAUGGUUAUUACAGGAGCAAACCCCAGCUGUGGUCACUACCCAGUGAUGCCCUGGAGCUCCUGGUCUUAGGAGCAGCCGACACCAUCAGCCCAUCACACAACAGCUCAGACAACAUGAGUGCCUCCCACCCCCAAGACUACACAGUGGGGAAUCUCAUUCGCAUGGGCCUGGUUGGCUUGGUCCUGGUGGUCCUCGGGGUGCUGCUGUUUCAGACUGGAGACAGCGAGAGAAUGGCCCAGGCUGCCACCAGGAGCUGA